CGCAAAAUACUACGGGAGUAGCUCCAACGGCUCAGCCCGCCCACGAUCCCGUCUCAUAUAAACGAGCUCCCCACGCCCUCUCCGUGGAAUCCACUCGCCCCACCCACAGAAGUAGAAGGCGUCCAAAUAAGCAGAGGAAUCCUUCAAGAAACAGAGCCGCCCAGCAAGCAGAGGACUCUCUGUCUCUCUGGCUCUGCAAUCUCCGCCAUGGCCGGCUGCUGCGUCUUCUUCCUCCGGUGGCCAUCAACUUCUCCCGCACGCCUCGGGUACCACUCCCUCGACGACGAGGCAACCGCCGCCGCCGCAGGCCCGUCGUCGUCGUCCCCGGUGACGGUGGUGGUGGGGAAGGAGCGGCGGGAGUUCGCGGUGGAGCAGCUGGUGCUGGACACGUACCCGUUCCGGGUGCUCCUGGAGACGGUGCCGAGGAAGGAGGAGCGGAGGGGGGGCAAGGCGCUCUUCCUCGACGUCGACGCCAUCCUCUUCGAGCACAUCCUCUGGCUCGCCUGCCAGCGCUCAUCCGUCUCGCUCCUCCACCUCGACCUCCGGGAGAUCAUCGACUUCUACUCCCAGGACGCCUGACGUUUCUGCUGAUUUCUUCAUCGGUUGUUUCCUUUUGUUUUCUUCUUCUUUUUCUGAUGCUAAUGUGUAUACUAAUGAUGAAUGAAUCCCCUGUUACAAAUUAUAUAUGGGAAGAGACAAACCGUAAAAUAGUGAAAUGUAAACUCGCUUGAUCUCUGAAUAUUCAGUUGCAUUGCA